UGGCGUGCAGUCAAGUCGAGCCACUCACGUCUUCAUCUUGUGUUCAUAUUUCCAUCUUUAAAGGAACCAUGAGCACCAGUCUGAGUUUGGAUCCCAGCGAGCGUUUGCGCCACGACGCCGCAGAGAAGACACGUCUUCCAGGGAACUUAGAGUUGAAGCCUCAGUUUGUUCACCAUCUGACCUCCAGUCCUUCACCUGACCUCAAGAACACUCCCAGACACAAAGGUUUCAAACGCAGGUGUGUCACCAGGAUGCUGUCUGCUGGCUUCUGCCUGCUCAUCUUCUUGCUGCUGGUUGGAAUCCUCUUGGCCUACUACUUUUCGUCCCGCUGCAUCCACGGAGUCCAAUGUUCUGCAGGCGGCGGCUGCGUGUGGGCGUCGCAGUGGUGUGACGGAGUGAGGGACUGUCCGCACGGCCAGGAUGAAGAUGACUGUGUGAGGCUGCAUGGUUCCAACUUCCUGCUCCAAGUCUACAACCAGGAAAGAUGGCGGAGUGUUUGUUCUCACGGUUGGACGCCUGAGCUGUCCAGAGCCAGCUGCCGGGACAUGGGUUACAGCGGGAGCACCAAGGUUCUGGCAGGUUCCAGUGAAGAACUGUCUCAGCCAGGACUCCUCGUGGACACAUCCCAGACCAACCCCCAUGUACCCCUCGUGCAACAGCUGGCCCCUGGCAGUCAGUGUCCAGGUGACACCGUGGUGACGCUGCAAUGUACAGCUUGUGCAGGAGUCAACUCCAGCCAGCCUUCUGGAAGUCAGCAGGCCUCGUUGGGGGCGUGGCCUUGGCAGGUGAGUUUGCAGGUGGCCGGCACCCAUCGCUGCGGAGGAGCCAUCAUAUCCCCCUGGUGGAUCGUCACGGCGGCCCGCUGUGCGCUCAUGACCUCCAGCGCUGCAGACUGGUCCGUGUACGCAGGUGUGCUGCGUCCUGAGGACCUUCUCUUCACACCUGCUGCCUCUGUCAGUCUGCUGGUCGUCCAUGAAGACUUUGACGCCAACACUCAGAGGAAUGACAUCGCUUUGAUGAGACUCAGCUCACCUCUCCACUUCUCAGCCUCCAGUCAUGUUGGUCCUGUUUGCCUCCCAAAUGUUGGUCUCAAUUUGUCCCUCCCUCUAAUGGGGUGGACUACAGGAUACGGAGGUCCAGGACAUGGAGUGAUGGGGGGCGGACUUGACCCAGACGGGUGGUACCUGCUGCAGGCUCAGGUGUUUCUUGAGGGACCUGAAGCGUGCAACACGUCUGCCUCUCACCAAGGAACCAUAUCGGAGGACAUGUUUUGUGGCGCACGAGCAGAGCCGGCAUCACAAAUGUGCAGGAGUGACAGCGGGGGUCCGCUAGUGUGGCAGAUGGGGGGAGUGUGGUGGCUGCUGGGAGACCACGUUUGGUCAGCAGGCUGCGGGGAGUCCAACAGAGGAGAACUUUACAGCAACGUCACCUUCUUCUUGGACUGGAUCCAUCUUCACAUGAAGAAACAUCUCGCAGACUGAAGACAAGAAGGAGGAGCAAACAUCUCACAACGCUCUUUUCUGAUGUUGUCACUAAAACUUUGUUUCACUCUUUA